AUGGCAAAAACGAAGAAAAGUCAAAAGAAACCCGUGUCCCAAGUGCGCAAGUCAGCUUUACGGAAGCCUAGUAGCAAAGUGUCCAGCGACACCAAGCUGCUUGUCCCCAAGAGCAACUCGCAGAAGGUGGAAGAUGCCAACUUGCUUCAGGCCGAGGUUUUUGAGCGAGCAAAGAGUGCCAAUGCUUUGGCCACUUCCAGUGUGAAAGAGAAGAAAGAUAAGAAAGGCAACAAAGAGAAAAGCAAGAAGGAGAAGAAAGAUCACAAAGAGGUAGAGGCAACGGAGGAAAAGGACAAGAAGCAGCAGAAGAAGCUUAAGGACAAGAAGGAUAAGGAGAAGAAGUCUAAGGACAAGACUACAGACCAGAAGCCUUUGGAGAAGAGAACAAAGGGCGAGAGUGCUACAGACCAGAGGUCUAAGGAUGAAAAGUCUGCUGACAAGAAGAAAGGAGAGAAGAAGGAAGGAAAAGAGCGGAAGAAGCCAGGUGAUAGCACCAAGGCCACAAAAGCAGGUAACAAGUCGAAGGAGAAUGCUGAGGCAUUGGAGGCUGCCGAAAAGACAAAAGAGAAGGAGGAAAAGGAAAGGGCUUUAGCACUCGAGUUAAAGAAGGCAAGUGUGCCAGGACCCGCACCCACAACGCCACCUGCAAAGAGGCUUCGCAUGAAAUCUCCCACUGAAAGCACUGCCAGUGGCUCUUCCAGUAUCCAUACUGAUGCCACCUCCACUCGCUACCAGUCCACCAAGGAUAUGGCCGAGGCCCACUUCGCGAAGUUGAGGCUUGGCUUGAGUGCAGCAGUGAAAGAGGCUGAGGAAAAUGCCCACUUGGACUGUGGUACUGAAGAUGAGGCGGCCUCUGAUCCAAGCUCCAGUGAAGAUGAUGGAGAAGAAGAAGGCAGAAAGGCUGAGGAGAAGAGCAAAGAAAAUGAAGACCAGAAAGCCAAAGAUGAAGCCAAAGAUGAAGCCUUGCAGAUCGCAAUUGCCAACACCACCAGAAACAGCAACUUGUACGAACGCAAGACCAAUAAACGCGAGUGGGACCGCUUCGACCGACAGACGAAGGGAGGCCAAUUCCCGACAGGACUUCAACCUCUUCUUCGUAAAAAGAAGACGGACUUGUUUGGGCUAUGGUUGGAUUUCGGUGAGGAUUGGGAUCGGGUCCAAUGUGAAGUAGAAAGGAGAGCUGAGAGCACAAACUUGGCUAGGUCCGAGUGGGUUGCCGUACAGGCCAAAACACUCAAAGCGGGGAUGGAGCAGUCAAAGUUUGAUGAACUUAUCAAGAAGCGAAUCGAUGCAGGUCUCUACUACCAGGAUUUGGACUUCCCGUCUGAUCCCAUGGAGAACUGGAUCUACAUGCCCAAAGGUCGUCUCUUGAGGCAGGAUGAGUUGGUAUCCGAGAGUGUGUCAACAAAGGCUACAAAGAAACUUGAUCAGGGGCUGUUCAAUGCCCUGACAGCUGAAGAGGGAGGCAUCCUCCCGGCUGGUGCCUUGCCUGCGGUGAAGGCUGCAUCAGAGGCUGGCCAGCGUGCAGUCUUGAGUGCCUUGGAUGAUGAUGGAAAGCAGGUGAUGAAACCCAAGCGGCAGCAAAAGGCCAAGCCAGGUGAAGCUGAAAAGAUUUCACCGAAGACUGUCCUAGAGUCGGGGUCUCAAAUGAUAGCCAACAGGUAA